AUGGCAAAUGACGAUUCUAUCUUCUCUGACGCAAAGUCGUCUUCUACAGGUGCUCCAAGUGCUCCUGAGUUAGAGUCCAAUCCAAAUCAACGGUUGUGCUCUGUCCUUAAUGAGUUUAAUUAUCUUCCAUGGUCCAGAUCUAUUACACUGGCUCUUGGUGGAAGAUCUAAACUCGAUUUUAUUGAUGAAAAGAUUCCUUCUCCUGAUGAAAAGUCUCCAGAUUAUAGAGCAUGGUUAUCAAAAGACCAAUUAGUGCGGUCAUGGAUUCUUAAUUCCAUGUAUUCUUCUCUUGCAGAGAUCUUUAAUUACUCGGAGUCUGCUUCUAUCUUGUGGUCGGCAAUUCGUGAUAUGUAUGGCCAACAAAAUAAUUCUGCCAGAAUUUUUGAACUUCAGCGAGAUAUUGUGAAUCUUCAACAAGCCGGAAAACCUUUUGUUCAAUUGCUUAGCUGUCUUAAAAAGAUGUGGAACGAACUUGAGUUGUAUCGUCCUCACACGGUUGAUACCACGAUUCUUCGCAAUCGUGUAAUGGAGGACAAAAUAUUUCAGUUGUUAGCAAGUCUUGGACCUGAAUAUGAAGAUCUCCGUAGCCGAGUUCUCAUGUCUCCAGAACUUCCAUCGCUUGCUUCUGUCAUCUCCAUGAUUCAGAGAGAAGAAUUAAGAAGGAAAGUCAUGAAUGUGGAAGCUAGGCCUAACCUCUCUGAGUCUCGUGCUUAUGCAUCAUACAAAGGCAAGCGACCGGAUUUAAAAUGCCAACAUUGUCAUCAUCUGGGACAUCUAGUUGAAAGGUGUUGGGUUCUCCAUCCAGAAUUGAAACCAAAGUUUGCUAAGGAUAAGGGACUUUCUAAACCAAGAGUCCAUGUUGCAAAAACAUUACAUGGAGAUAUGGUAAAUUACAUCUCAAAUCCAAUUUCUCUUAUAAAUGAGUUUGCAACCUAUCUUCAGGAGAAGGGAGGACAUGGAGUUUUUGGUACAGAACACUCGAAUUUCAUAGCCCUUCUUGCCGAGUAUCCUCCAGAUAUGCAGACUGAAAAUCCUCCAACUGGACAGGCUGAACUCCUUCCAAAUGUGCUAGCUGAAAAUCUGGUUGAGAAUCCUCCAGCCGAACAACCCGAGAGUCUCCAAGAUGUGCAUUCGAAUUUCAUGUCACAUGAUUUUCAAUUUAGAGCAAAGUCAAUUGAAUUAUCGGCUGAUGAUCAACCGACUCCACCCAUGACCAGCCCUAAUUAA